AUGGCGCAGGAGAACGCCGCCUUCUCGCCGGGCCCCGAGGAGCCGCCCCGACGGCGCGGCCGCCAGCGCUACGUGGAGAAGGACGGCCGGUGCAACGUGCAGCAGGGCAACGUGGGCGAGACGUACCGCUACCUGACGGACCUGUUCACCACGCUGGUGGACCUGCAGUGGCGCCUCAGCCUGCUCUUCUUCGUGCUCGCCUACGCGCUCACCUGGCUCUUCUUCGGCGCCAUCUGGUGGCUCAUCGCCUACGGCCGCGGCGACCUGGAGCACCUGGAGGACACGGCCUGGACGCCCUGCGUCAACAACCUCAACGGCUUCGUGGCCGCCUUCCUCUUCUCCAUCGAGACGGAGACCACCAUCGGCUACGGGCACCGCGUCAUCACCGACCAGUGCCCCGAGGGCAUCGUGCUGCUGCUGCUGCAGGCCAUCCUGGGCUCCAUGGUGAACGCCUUCAUGGUGGGCUGCAUGUUCGUCAAGAUCUCGCAGCCCAACAAGCGCGCCGCCACGCUCGUCUUCUCGUCGCACGCGGUGGUGUCCCUGCGCGACGGCCGCCUCUGCCUCAUGUUCCGCGUGGGCGACCUGCGCUCCUCGCACAUCGUGGAGGCCUCCAUCCGCGCCAAGCUCAUCCGCUCGCGCCAGACGCAGGAGGGCGAGUUCAUCCCGCUGCACCAGACCGACCUGAGCGUGGGCUUCGACACCGGGGACGACCGCCUCUUCCUGGUCUCGCCGCUGGUCAUCAGCCACGAGAUCGACGCCGCCAGCCCCUUCUGGGAGGCGUCGCGCCGCGCCCUCGAGAGGGACGACUUCGAGAUCGUGGUGAUCCUGGAGGGCAUGGUGGAGGCCACGGGAAUGACAUGCCAAGCUCGGAGCUCCUACCUGGUGGACGAGGUGCUGUGGGGCCACCGCUUCAUGUCAGUGCUGACCCUGGAGGACGGCUUCUACGAGGUGGACUAUGCCAGCUUCCACCAGACUUUCGAGGUGCCCACACCCUCCUGCAGCGCCCGGGAGCUGGCCGAGGCAGAGGCCCGCCUUGAUGCCCAUCUCUACUGGUCUAUACCCAGCCGGCUGGAUGAGAGAGUGGAGGAAGAGGGGGCAAGGGAGGGGGCAGGGGAGGAGGCAGAGGGAGAGGGAGAGGCCGGGGCUGACCAGGGGAAGAAUGGCUGCCUGCCACCCCCAGAGAGUGAGUCUAAGGUGUGA